AAAAAAAAAGCUGAGAGGCAGCAGUUGUUUAUCACCGCCUCGCCUCAGUGAGGCCUGAGAUUCUUUCGAAUAGGAGCUUUACUUCCCAUGGCACACAGGGAAGUGUCAACUGGGAUAUUUCUGGUAAAACUAAAAGCAAGAAAAGCAGGGUGCCAGCCCCUGUGGGACUGAGUGUGAGGGGCUGGAGGAGUUUGAGUCCCAUGCCCAAGUGACAGAUGGAUGGACAUUUCGUCUGAAAGUAAGGAGACACGUUGGCAAAUCAACCUCAAACCUAAGAUUGCUUGUGAAGCAAUCACAAGGAGGAACAAAAACAGACACAGAAGCAGAGGGAAAGAUCAAACAGGCAAGAAGGGCGCAAACUGUGACAGACUUGCUGCUUCACCAACGACUCACCCAAGCCAGAAGAAAAAUGUCCCUAAAGUUGCCAAGGAACUGGGAUUUCAACCUGAAAGUAGAGGCUGCGAAAAUAGCUCGCUCAAGGAGCGUGAUGACCGGCGAGCAGAUGGCGGCCUGUCACCCGUCGUCCACCCCCAACCCGCUGGAGAGGCCCAUCAAGAUGGGCUGGCUGAAGAAGCAGAGGUCCAUCGUGAAGAACUGGCAGCAGAGGUACUUCGUGCUGCGGGCCCAGCAGCUCCACUACUACAAGGACGAAGAGGACACGAAGCCACAGGGAUAUAUGUAUCUACCAGGAAGUACAAUCAAGGAGAUUGCCACAAAUCCAGAAGAACCUGGGAAGUUUGUCUUUGAAAUCAUUCCAGCCUCAUGGGACCAGACUCGCAUGGGACAGGACUCCUAUGUCCUCAUGGCCAGCUCCCAGGCGGAGAUGGAGGAGUGGGUUAAAUUCCUCAGAAGAGUUGCUGGCACACCCUCUGGAGCGGUGUUUGGCCAGCGCUUGGAUGAGACUGUCGCCUAUGAGCAGAAGUUUGGUCCUCAUCUGGUGCCCAUCCUGGUAGAGAAGUGUGCAGAGUUCAUCCUCGAGCAUGGCCUGAAUGAAGAGGGCAUCUUCCGCCUGCCUGGGCAGGACAACCUGGUGAAGCAGCUGAGAGAUGCUUUUGAUGCUGGGGAGCGGCCCUCCUUUGACAGAGAGACAGAUGUACACACGGUGGCUUCCCUGUUAAAACUCUACCUCCGAGACCUCCCAGAGCCAGUGGUUCCUUGGAGCCAGUAUGAGGGGUUCCUGCUCUGCGGGCAACUGAUGAAUGCUGAUGAGACAAAGGCUCAGCAGGAGUUGAUGAAGCAACUGUCUAUCCUUCCCCGUGACAACUAUAGUCUCCUGAGUUACAUCUGCAGGUUCCUACAUGAAAUCCAACUGAACUGUGCAGUUAACAAGAUGAGUGUGGACAACCUAGCUACUGUGAUUGGUGUAAAUCUCAUCAGGUCAAAGGUCGAAGACCCUGCUGUGAUCAUGAGAGGGACCCCUCAGAUCCAAAGAGUGAUGACUAUGAUGAUCAGAGACCAUGAAAUCCUCUUCCCCAAGUCCAAGGAUGCACCUCUCUCACCCUCUUCCCAGAAAAACGAUCCCAAGAAACCUCCAGUGGCUCGAAGCUCUGUAGGGUGGGAUGCCACUGAAGACCCCUCAAUUUCUAGGACAGACAGCUUCAGUAGCAUGACAAGUGACUCAGAUGCAAACAGCCCCACUGGACAACAGCCAAGCGAUGAGUAUCUGGAGGACAGCAGCAAAGCCUCCAGGGAAAAGCAAGGAGAUUGGAAGGUGCAGUCUCGAAAAAGGACUCAAACGCUCCCUAACCGGAAAUGUUUCUUGACAUCAGCGUUUCAAGGUGCCAAUAGCAGCAAAAUGGAGAUCUUUAAAAAUGAGUUCUGGUCACCUUCUUCAGAGGCUAAGGCAGGGGAUGGGCAUAGGAGAACAAUGUCUCAAGAUCUACGCCACCUUUCUGACUCCCAGAGGACUUCCACCUAUGAUAAUGUCCCUGCCUUGCCAGGGACUCAUGGGGACCGAGUGGGUGUACUGUCUUCCCAUGCAUGUGACUCCAAGGGAGACGCUCCUGCCAGCCCAGACUCUGAAACUGGUCCUGAAAAAAAGAACUCUGGAGAAGAGGGAGUUGAUUCUUUGCAGAGGAUGGUCCAGAAGCUACAAGAGGAAAUAGAAACACAAAAGCAAAUGUAUGAGGAACAGAUUAAAAACCUUGAGAAGGAAAAUUAUGACGUCUGGGCUAAGGUGGUGAGGCUUAAUGAAGAGUUGGAGAAAGAAAAGAAGAAGUUUGCAGCCUUGGAAAUCAGCCUUCGCAAUGUGGAGCGCUCCCGGGAGGAUGUUGAGAGGAGGAACAAGGUCUUGGAAGAAGAAGUCAAGGAAUUUGUCAAAUCAGUGAAGGAACCCAAGAGUGAGGCUUGAGGAUCCCAGGCGUAUUGCCCAGCUUUACUCCCUUUCUCAGUGCUACCUGAUGACUAGGAAGCAAAUUACUCUUUAAGAGGGAAAGAACAUUUUGGGGGAAACAUCACAUUUUCCCAUAAGUUAAUUAAUGAGGUUUGCAGGAAGAUGAGGGUGAACAAGGACAUGUGUGGACAUCUAUGACCAUCCAUUGCUGUGUUCAAAGGCAUUGUAUCAAUCCUCCAUGGUCUCAGGCCGAGUGAAAUAGAACCUGCCACAGAAGGAUGACUAUGUCCAAUGGAGACACAUGAGGCAGGCCACAUUUUGAGGACCCAGGCCGCAGGCUGGUCUCAACCGGAGGCUGGGCUGAGAUGUUACUUCUUUGAUUUCUGUGUGGAACAGCUCACUUUGUCAGAUAGCCUCAAGGCAUCCUUGAAAUGCAGGGCAGGGGCAGAGAAUGAUAUUCAGCUUUCAAGUGCUCACCCAUGGAGUGCUGUGUUUUGGGAGGCUGCACCUGCUGGGGCCAGAACCCCAUUCUACCACUUCCACCACAAUACACAUACUCCAGGCAUUCUCAAACUCAUUAUCAAACUAAGACAAUGCAAACCACAAACUGUAUUUAUAAAAGUGAAAUCCAUGAGAAAAUUACUUGCAAAUAAAGCAAAAAAAACCAACAAGA